UUGAGUUCUCUCCACGGAACGGCGCAGCUCCGGGUCUGGCGCGACUUUCCGUGAGUUUUCCUCCGGACACGGCAAUUUAUUCCGAGUUAAAUGAAGAUACCGAAGGGUGAAGCAAGGAAACACUGCUUGGAGGGUCUGGAAGGGUUUUUUGCCAUCCCUGAAGGAAUGUACCUUUCGAACCUGCAUGGAAAAUGUCCUUUUUAAUACCCAAAGUCGCAAAGGAAAACUUAUGAUUGAAGUCCUGCAGGAGUUGGAGUUCAGCUAUACUUUUAACCUUAAAUAGACCAUGGAGAGUUUGUUAUCUCUACUCUGUUGCCAUUAUUCUUUGCUGAUUUUAUUUCAGCAAAAAUAUCAGGUGUACGGAAACUAUUCCCAGCUCCCCAAACACCCAGGAUUCAAAGUCCUGGCGUCAGCUUCCCAUUACUGGCCCUUGGAAGAUGUGGAUGGAAUUCACGAGUUUCGGGACACAAACGGAGAUAUUAUAGAAGGGAUGGUGAACAAAGGGAUUUACGUCACUGAAAAGAAAGGAGUCACCUUUCUCUUCUUCGGAAGCUAUCGAAAUUCUUGCAUUAGUAAUCCAGAGGCUUGUGGGCCUGAAGGAGUAACAUUUUCCUUUUUCUGGAAGACUCAAGACCAACAGGCCAAGCUUCUCCCUGCCUCUGGUGGGCGAGUAAUUUCCAGUGGUUUCAAAAUCUGCUCAAAUGAAGGUGAAGGCUCCGUGGAGUUUUACACCCGUGGGAAUGCAAUGAUGAAGUGGAAAGCCAGCUUUAGUCCACCAGGCCCCUACUGGACCCACGUCCUCUUCACCUGGCGGUCGCGGGAAGGCCUCAAGGUCUACGUGAACGGCAGCCUGAGCACGGCGGACCCCGACGGGAAGGUUUUCUACGACUACGGCGACGCCGGCGCCGAGCUGCUGGGGGGCACCGAGGGCACGGCGCGGCGCUCGGUCAGCGGCGCCUUCGACGAGUUCGUCAUCUGGGAGAGGGCCCUGAGCCCCCGCGAGGUGCGCCAGUACUUCACGGCCGCCGUGGGUGUGCAAGUUCUGCUCUCUUCAACACUUCCCUGGUCUCUCAUGACAACCACUACAAACCCUGUGCUCCCCACCGACGCCUACCAGCCCAUCAUCGCGGCGCUGAGCCGGGACAGAGGCAGCUUGCCCUCGCCCAGCUCCCUGCUGGGGGACCUGCAGGACGUGUCCUUCAGCCUGCCCAACGCCUCCCUGGCAGAGCACACUGCCCUGAGCCUGGCCCAGGCGUUUUUAAAAGCUAUUGAAGAUUUUCUGUUACUGUCUGACUGGAUUGAUGGACCAGAGAGCCCCGUGCUGCUCAGCAGCCUGAUCCACACCAUCGACACGGUGAUGGCUCACCUGUCCCACAACCUGGAGGGGAGCUCGGAGGGGAACUCGCUGCCGCUGACCCUCGAGGGCUCCUCGGCCGUGGCAGAUUACGCUGUGGUCAAAAUGCAUCCCCAGACCCUGAACGUGUCCCACUAUCGAUUUCCAUCUCGAGGGCAGAGCUACAUUUCCAUUCCCAGUGAAGCUUUCCAUGGAAAAGCCUGGAUCACCAUCGUGGGCCUGCUCUACCACAACAUGCAUUAUUUCUUCAACAACAUCAACCCUGUGGACACCAGGAUUGCUGAAGCUGCCGCCUACAAAGGCUACAUGAUCUCAGCCAGCAGUUUCCUCAUCUCGAUCAAGGUGGAGCCUCUGCCCCAGCUGUCCCACAACCUGUCAGGCUCUCCUCUCAUCACCAUCCAGCUCACCCACAGGCUGACGCCCAGACAAUACAGCCAAGCACUAAAUAAAAGUAACAGAGUUCAUCUUUACUGUGCAUUUCUGGAUUACAGCAAUGGGACUGGUGUUUGGUCUGACGAGGGCUGUGUGCGUGAGAGUGGGGACCUCAACUACUCCGUGUGCCUCUGCAACCACCUCACCAACUUCGCCAUCCUGAUGCAAGUGGUGCCCCUGAAGCUAACGAGAGAACACCAGGUGGCCCUCUCCUCCAUCACUUACAUCGGCUGCGCCCUGUCCAUCUUCUGCCUGACCAUCACCCUGGUCACGUUCGCUGUGCUGUCGUCUGUCAGCACCAUCCGCAACCAGCGCUACCACAUCCACGCCAACCUGUCCUGCGCCGUGCUGCUGGGGCAGGUCCUGCUGCUGGCCAGCUUCCAGCUGAGCCCUGCAACCCUGCCUUGCAAGAUAUUGGCCAUCCUCCUUCAUUUUUUCUUCCUGAGUGCGUUUGCAUGGAUGCUGGUGGAAGGAUUUCAUCUUUACAGCAUGGUGAUCAAAGUAUUUGGGUCAGAAGAAAGCAAGCACUUAUAUUAUUAUGGAAUUGGAUGGGGCUGCCCACUGGUGAUCUGUGUCAUUUCUGCAACAUCCUCCCUGGACAGCUAUGGAGAAAGUGGCAACUGCUGGCUUUCACUGGAGAAUGGAGCAAUCUGGGCUUUUGUGGCGCCAGCGAUGUUUGUCAUUCUGGUCAACAUUGGCAUUCUCAUUGCUGUCACAAGAGUCAUCUCCAGAAUCAGUGCAGACAGCUACAAGGUCCAUGGAGAUGCUAAUGCCUUCAAACUAACAGCUAAAGCCGUGGCUGUUCUCUUACCCAUCUUGGGGAGCUCAUGGAUCUUUGGUAUUUUGGCUGUCAAUGCCCACGCUUUAGUAUUUCAGUAUAUAUUUGCUGUUUUUAAUUCACUACAGGGAUUUUUCAUGUUCCUGUUUCACUGUCUUCUGAACUCAGAGGUUAGAGCUGCCUUUAAGCACAAAACCAAGGUCUGGUCCCUCACCAGCAGUUCAACACGCAACAUCAAUGUGAAGCCCUUCAAUUCAGACAUUAUGACUGGGAACAGGCCAGGCACAACUCCCACGAAGCUGAACACCUGGGAUAAAAGCACCAAUUCAGCAAACCGCAUUGAUUUAUCAGCAGUCUGACAGGAACAGCAGCUCCUCAGAGAAAAUCAAGCCACACAUUCAGGACCUCCGACCCCGUGUCCACCAGCUUUUUCUCACUGUAACAGUAGAAAACCGGGUUUUUAAUCACUGCCUAAUGAAUUGGGAAUUGCCAUUGUUUUGUUGAGUAAAUAGCCCUCAUUGCUUGCCUUCAAAACUGUAACACAUUCUAGCACUUGGCUACUAGCAGUAUCUGUAAAAAUGACCAGCACAAAUAUACACUGGAUGGUUUUGUCACCAAUGAUGAAAAGUCUAGGUAUGCAAGAAGGGCUUCUUGCUCUCUGAAUCAUUCCAGCUCCCAGAACUGAGGGAAAGCAACAUACCUCUGAAAAUAUGGAUUUUUAUGCUCUAAAAUGAAAUGUUUCCCAUUGUGAUGUUGUAAUGAGACUAUUCCAGACUUGCUGUGCUCUCUCUGUUUACAUUUUUUACCUUACAGAAUUAUCAAAGUGAAGUUGAUUCAAAA